AAAGAUCUUUUUUCUUCGAGAAAAAUGUCCCUUUUAUCUGCAUAUUCAAGGUUUUGUCAUGGAUUCUUUUCUACCAAACUUGUAUAGCUAUCCCGGCGAUCAACAAUUUUUGUUUUUGAAAAAGAAUCUCCACGUGGAUGUAGAUGACAGGUGACACCUGGCAAUAAAGUAAUUCCCUGUCAUUUUCGCGCUAAACCUCUUUGCCUGGGCACCUGAAAUUUGGAGGAAGCUGCUUGUCGGGUUACCUGAAUGGUAGGUUUGGUGGGCAAAGUCCUGUAAUAGCACGUUCAAAUAAAUCCCCAAAACAGGCUAUAUAAAUCUCACUUACAGGGAGAAAGAGGGUGAAUGAAGAUGACCCGCCCAAAUACGCAGAGAGGAAGGCCCUCCAAUGGGGCGGUCCCGGCCGAAGGAGCCUACACCUAUGGGUACCCAGCAGACUCUUCAUACUAUGUGGUUCUGCCCCCGGCCCCGUACGACCCUGCCAUAGGGCGCCGUCGCCGCUUCCUCGGCUAUGGCGCGCUCUUCAUCUUCGGGACCAUCUUCAUCUGUGUGGCCAUCUAUUUCUUUUGGCCCUCUCAGCCUCAAAUUGAAGUCGUCCGCUUAAACCUACAGAAUAUCAGCUUCCAGACCGCCGAUAAAUCUGGCUCAAUUAUCCCCCACCUGUACAUGAACAUAAGCAUGGGCAUGACCAUCAAGGUGAAAAAUAGGGACUAUUUUGGUCUGGAUUAUGAUUACCUGAGGGUUGGGAUUGGGUACAGGGGAAGGGCAAUUGGGGUGGUUAAUUCGCAGAGCGGAAGUUUGUCUUCCCGGGGCACGUCCUACGUGGAUGCCACGCUGGAUCUGAAUGGAAUCGAGGUGUUGAAUGAUGUGUUUUACUUGUUGAGGGAUCUUGAUAGAGGGCAGCUGCCACUUGAUACUACUACGGUAUUCCACGGUCGUGUUCGAGUUUUGUUCGUUAAGUUCACGUUAAAGGAAGUUGCAUCUUGUGAAGUAGUUGUGAAUCCCACAGAGCAAGUUAUUGUUGCUCAAGAUUGUGAUUUCACCUUAACCAGCUUCUAUUGAAGUUUAUUCUAGUCCUGUUUGUACGCUUCUGUGUGUCUGUUCAGAGUAAUGCAGCUGGCGACAAUAUAGUCUUCUUUGAAUUACUAUAGGAGAUCAAAGGAGGAAGUAUGAUCAGGAUCUACACAAAUCCUGUCAUGUUAUUGUCUCCAACUCUUUAGUAACAUCUUUAGUGAGAAUAGGAAUAUUCUUGUCAAGUUGAUUUGCUGAUACAAGAAGUGUAUAUUUUGAGGAAGUACUCAUGCAAAUAUGUGGUUAAUGAGAACAAUGCAGUAAACCGUUUAUCUGUUUCAUUAUAUCUUUAAUCUUAAUAGCAACUUAAGGCCUCCUUGCCAGACUUCAAGUUA